AAGAAGCAACCAGUUAGCAACCUGUCUGCACGCAUGUAGUCUAACCUGCUGCAUUCUUUUUGCCUGUGAGUUUUGUUUGUGACCAUGUCUUUUGCUAGAAAAUGUUCUAAACUGUUAGCGUUCUGUGCAGUCAUUGUCGUGGUUGUGCUGCUACUGCGGUACUGGAUGGCCUCAAAGACGUACGUUUUUAGUAACGAAGAGGUCGCUAUGUUGGCCAAGCAGUAUGCAGGGCAGGACCAUGAGCAAGCUUUCGCCAAAGUGGUGGUGGAACUCAGAAAGAGGUAUCCGGGUCACAUCCUACCAGAUGAGGACUUGCAGUGGGUGUUUGUGAAUGCUGGAGGCUGGAUGGGCUCCAUGUGUCUCCUCCAUGCCUCCUUCACAGAGUACUUGUUGCUGUUUGGUACUGCAGUGGACACUGGAGGACACUCGGGUCGAUACUGGGCGGAGAUCUCCGACACCAUCAUCUCAGGUACUUUCAGGCAGUGGAAGGAGGGGACCACCAAGAGUGAAAUGUACUAUCCAGGCGACACUAUUGUUCAUGAAGUGGGUGAAGCCACGUCGGUCCAGUGGAGCGCUGGGACGUGGAUGGUGGAGUACGGCCGAGGCUUCAUCCCCUCCACGCUUGGCUUUGCUCUGGCAGACACCCUUUUCAGCACCCAGGACUUUGUCACCAUGUACUACACCGUCUGUGUCUACCUAAAGGCUCUGAUGCUGGAGACCGGCACGCUACUUACAGAGGCCGGAAUCUUCUAAGCAAUGGAAGAAGAUCACAUACUUCCAGAUUGACUUGGGACAUCAAAACGCUGUCCACAGUUUAAAUCUGUUAUGAGGAGCUGGAGUUUUUAUGCAGAAAGUUCUCGAGAGCAAAACUGUAACAUGUAAUUUAUGACAAUCCAGUUUACAGUUAUUCUUUUUAAAAUCCUGCUAAAUAUAUAAAUGAAUUUCACAAACACAGUUACACUACACUACAGAUCUUGGAAAUCUGCAAAACGGUUGACACCCCACGCUAAAUAAUUCCCUGUGACAGGUCAGACUGCUCAAGUGUAGCAGUUAUCUGGAUGUCUGGUUUAUUGAUUUUGAGGCCUUACAGUUUCUGAUGCCAAAUUUUAGAUUAUUUAUAAUUCAUUGUCCAAAAACCUCCUGAAAUCCACAAGUACAAAAUAUACUGAUAUUUAGAUGUGGUUUGAUAACCUUGAGAAACAGUAUUGUGAUUAUUUUCACAGAAACAAAGUUCUUAACACGAUUGACACAAUAAAACAGGAAAACAACAAUCAUAUUGCUGCUAAGAUACCAGUAGUAAUCUUGUCAUCUACAGUACAACAUUUUCUCACAUAGACUUGAACAAAAGCACACAUUACUUUUAUAAUUCAAGAACCAGUUGGACAAAAUUUUGUCACGCUGAUCGUCCUGGAAUUGUUGAGCUUAUCCAGCUGAUAUUUGCUAGGGUAUCCAGCUUUAGUUUCUACACUAUGACUGUCUGCUUUUCAUGAUCAUAAAUAUUUCGAAAUUUUUCAACUUGUAUUUUUUUGAAAGUGCAGGGAAAAGCUGACAUUCUUUCAGCCAUCUGAUCAUCUGUGUGCAGUAACGGGUGGGAGAUGUGGAGGACUGCUUUUCCUCAUGUGUCAAAAGACGGGUGGGGAGAAAAUCCUGAUCGCUCUGGAAGUUUUACAUUAAAGGACCAUUAAACUGCAGGAAUGGUAACAUAUCAAUUUUAGCUGAUUUCAAAACAUUUAUCUUUAGAAACUUCAAUGUACCAUGAUACCAGUGACCAGCCCACAUAAACAUAUAAUUUUUUUGUUUCUAUGCACAUUGAUGCUCUAGAAGGAGGAUCAUAGCAACAAUAACCCACACAAACCAGCACCAGGGACUGAAAAAAACAUGUUUUCUCUUACUGCGAGCAAUUUUUAGCAGACUUGAUUCUUUCAUUUGUAUCCGGCCUUCUUGAAAAUAUUUAAAAGCUGGCAGGAUAUUGUUGUAACUAUUUUUGUUCAGACUUUUUGUAAAAUAACAAUGCAAUUUCCUUCCACACUACAUUUAUUUUUAUGUACAAUGGUUAAAAUGUUUAUUUUUGUCUUCAACAGAAAAGUUCAGUUUUCUAUGUCCCCUCAUGUUCUUGAAGUCUGUCAAAUAGUUCAUCUGACAAUUUUUUGUUAUAGAAACUAUUUGAAAUAUGUGCAGGUCAUAUCUGUCCCAGCAAACUUUGCACUGUAAUCCUGUGCUCUUACUGUUUAAUUUUUCUACUGAAUGUUUUCAAAAAAACAUGUAAAACUUUUAGGAGUGUAACAUACUGAAGACAAUAAGAUAAAAUUACAAGGCUCAAGUGUUAUUUUGCAUCACUUCUUUAAAAAAAUAAACUUGUGCUGUCUUAAUGUUGAACUAUUGACUUGAUAAAGAACCAUUGACAGUACUGUGCUGAAACAUUUUACAUACAUUAGCGUGUUAACUUCUUGCUGUACCAAUAUAUUAUGGGCACUUUACUGAUCACAUAUUAACCCUCAUGGUUGAAGAAUAAAUCUAUAAUUUCUGAGGAAAAUCAGUGCUGUAUUUUUAUGUAAGAAUUUAAUUAGAAAGAGUUGACCUUUAUAUGAAAUGUAAUCACAGCAACAGUAUAUAGUGUAUUACUGUUGCAUACAUUUUUUCUUCUUUCAUUUCCAGUUUAGCAAACUGAGUUCAACUUAGGCCUCUCAUUGGUUUGAAGAAAUUUCUUUGAAAUUAUAAAAUAAUUACAGUAAGAAAGGCCCUGGCUGACCAUGUGUAGACAGAAGCUAAUGUAUAAAAGCACCUCAUUCCAAAACGCCUAUCUGCUUAGUCGUUUUUUAUAAAAAAAAAAAAAAAAAAUACAUGGCAAAUAAUUUUCCACACAAGCCUUAAAAAGAAAGUGUACACCAUCUUGGUGAAAGGCCAACAAGAUUAUUUUCUUUUUCAAUAGUUACAAUUUGGAUAAAGUAAUUUGAGAUCAUUUGUGUUAAUAAUCAAAUGUUCCUGUAUGUGUUUUUAAAGAGCAAAACAAUACAUUUUACUGAUGAACUUGAA